AUCAUUUUUCUACAAUAAUAUAUUUCAACACAAACAACUGAUUAACGUACCAUUAAAAAAUCAAUAUGGCAUCUGGUGGGUUCGCUAUUUUUUCCUCACAAUUCUCUCAUGCUUUCUAAAGUCGCUAGACUUCCCGUCGCGGUGCUUUCUCUCUCGACCAUGAACGUUCCAACAACUUUCGUAAUUUCUCCGUGAUUUGCAAGAGGGAGAAAGGAAGUAAAUAACAAUCGUUACAUCUACUAUUAAAUCAAUCCUUUACCUCUUCCGCUUUUGUCAAAAAACAUAAGUGCACAUUGACAUUCACGCUAUAGUUUUCUUAACAUUCAUUUUUAACAUCUUCACACUGUUUCAUCAGUGAACACUUAAAGUCUGUAAAUUUCAACUAAAUAUAGAUAUAUACAUAUAUUUGCAGUACUAUUAAUAUCAUAAAUUAACACAGAAAGAUUAACACUGAAUUCUUUUAUAUUACUAAGCUGGAGAAACGAAAUGCAUAUUCUUUAUAUACAUCUGUACACAUUUUUGUAUUCAUAUUAUCGUUACAGAAUUUAUAAAAGAUAAAGGAUUUUUUAACUGUGAGAAUAAUGUAUGUAUAUACAUAUAAUAUUUUACUUACAUGACAUUCUGCUCGUAGCGAUAUAUGGAACAAAAAAAAAUAUAUAUAUAUAACUUUAUCCUUUCUGAUUUUCGUAAACUUUACAAAAUCGUACAAUGCCACGCGUCGCAUGGCAAUCAUUCUCUUUACUCGGCAGUAUUGCAUUUGUGUGACAAUUUAACAGGUAAAAUUCCAAACCCUUUCGUGUAAUUUAGUCAUUAUGCGCAGACGUUUUAUGCACGCAAGCGCGCUACACACUCUGCUCUUAUCGCAGAGAGACCACUCAUCGACACAUAUACCUGUCCAGUUCUGUUUCUUCUAGUCCCGCCUAACUGUCUGUCAGCUAUAGUCAGCUAUAGUAAUCCGACCGUAGCAUAAAAAAAGUUAAUAAAAUUCAAAAAAAUUUUUAGUAUUUGAGAAAAGACAAUACAAAAGUAAAAUUUGAAAUUCAAAAUUCAAUCACGUAUUAAAUUAAAAAAAAAAAAACGUUACAUAAAGUCUAAUCAUGAAAGUCUCAUCGAAAACGAGUAGAUAUGAAAACGAUUUCAAUUAUGCCGUACAAGUGACCCGUGUUAUUCUGCGAGCAAUCGGCGCAUGGCCAGUUUCCAAUUACGCUUCCACCGUGGAAAGAAUCGCAAUUCGCUUACAAAACUUCAUUUGCUACUUUUUAUUCGCGUUCAUCAUCAUACCGGGUCUUCUGCGGGUGUUUCUGAAAGAACACGAGUUCAAACGUAGGGUCAGAUUGCUUGCGCCUCUUCUGAAUUGUGGGAUGGGUUGGAUGAAAUAUAGUUUGCUCAUAAAUCACGCGAGGGAGAUUCAGUCUUGCCUAAAACAAGCGCGACAUGAUUGGAGAGACACGGUCGACGAGGACGAUCGGAAAACGAUGUUAUCCACAGCGAAGGUAGGCCGGAAGUUCGGGAUCUUCUCUGCUGUCUUUAUGUACGUCGGCGGACUGUCUUACCGCACCCUCGUGCCGUUGUCAAAGGGCCGUAUGCUCACACCGAUGAACACUACGGUGAGAGCACUGGCAUGCCCGAGCUACUUCAUCAAGUUCGAUGGCGAAGUCUCGCCGGCGUACGAGGUCGUCUUCACUCUGCAAUUCUUCGCAGGACUGAUCACCUAUUCGGUAAGAGUAGGCGCGGCCGGACUGGCUGCAUUUUUCAUCAUGCAUGUUUGUGGACAACUGAGGAUUAUAAUGGGCAAGCUGCAGCAUCUCAACGACAUGCCGAAUCCCAACGAUCGAGCUGUCGCGAUAUUGCUGGCUGAUAUCGUAGAGCAUCAGAUAAAAGUGAAAAGUUUUCUAAAACAAGUAGAAGAAACUAUGCGUUAUGUGUGGUUAGUGGAAUUAAUGGGCUCUGCUGUACUUUUAUGUCUUUCAGGGUACUAUAUUAUUAUGGAAUGGGAAAAUAAUGACUCAACAGCCAUGUUAACAAUGUCUGUAAUGCUUACAUCUUUCACUUUUUCCAUUUUUACUAAUUGCUAUGUCGGUCAACAGUUGACAAAUCAGAGCAUCAGCCUUGGAUUAAAGACAUCUACGAUAAAUUGGUAUAGUCUCCAGUACAAAAGAGCUCGUUCUUUAAUCUUGAUAAUGGCAAUUUCCAACAUUCCGGAGAAAAUCUCUGCAGGUAGAAUGAUAGAAAUGUCCCUGCCUACAUUCAGUAACAUCGUUAAAACAUCAGUGGCAUAUUUUAAUAUGCUUGUAAAAUUCGGAUAAUUUUGUUGAAAUAAUUAU